CGCCGAGACGCGCGCACACGUGUCUCACUAGCGUCUGCGGUGUUUUCAUCGCACAUUUCUUUAAUUUCCUCGAUUAUCUACCAUCCUUUAGAGCUUCAGAAAUGGCCCAGAGAAAGAAAAAGCUGAUGAGGAGGAAGAAAAGCGGCGCAAACCGCGAUCACGAGCUCCAGUCCGACGAUGAAGAGUUUGAGGUGGCCGCAGGAGUCAAAGAUGACGAAAAUACCACGGUCAGGAGGCUUCCUCGGUUUCCGGCCUCAUCUGAGUGCGUGUCUGACGUGGAGCUGGACACCAGAGAGCUGGUCAGAGCUCAGAACAAGAAGAAGAAGAAAUCUGGAGGCUUUCAGUCUAUGGGUCUCAGCUAUCCGGUGUAUAAAGGCAUCAUGAAGAAGGGCUAUAAAGUGCCCACACCCAUCCAGAGGAAGACGAUCCCGGUGAUUCUGGACGGUAAGGAUGUGGUGGCGAUGGCCCGCACCGGCAGCGGUAAGACUGCAGCGUUCCUCGUUCCCCUGUUUGAGAAGCUGAAGGCUCCGCAGGCACAGACGGGGGCUCGGGCACUGAUCCUCACACCCACCCGAGAGCUCGCCCUGCAGACCAUGAAGUUCACCAAAGAGCUGGGGAAAUUCACUGGUCUGAGAACAGCGCUCAUUCUCGGUGGAGACAGCAUGGAUGAUCAGUUCGCUGCUCUUCACGAGAACCCAGACAUCAUCAUCGGUACUCCAGGUCGUCUGAUGCACGUCAUCCAGGAGAUGAACCUGAAGCUGCAGUCGGUGGAGUAUGUGGUGUUCGACGAGGCCGACAGACUGUUUGAGAUGGGCUUUGCGGAGCAGCUUCAGGAGAUCAUCAGACGUCUUCCAGACGCCCGGCAGACGCUGCUGUUCUCCGCUACGCUUCCCAAACUCAUCGUGGAGUUCGCCAGAGCCGGUCUGACGGAGCCGGUCCUCAUUCGUCUGGAUGUGGACACUAAACUGAGUGAACAGCUGAAGCUGUCGUUCUUCUCUCUGCGUCUGGAUGAUAAGCCGGCUCUUCUGCUGCACCUGCUGAGGAACGUGGUGAAGCCGCAGGAGCAGACGGUGGUGUUCGUGGCCACUAAACAUCAUGUGGAGUAUCUGAAGGAGCUGCUGUCAGCGGAGGGUGUGGACUGCUCCUGCAUCUACAGUGCUCUGGAUCAGACGGCUCGUAAGAUCAGCAUCGGUCGCUUUGUUCAUCGUAAGGUGAUGCUGCUGCUGGUGACGGAUGUGGCGGCGCGCGGUAUCGACAUCCCCCUGCUGGACAACGUCAUCAACUACAACUUCCCCUGCAAACCCAAGCUCUUCCUGCACAGAGUCGGUCGUGUGGCUCGCGCUGGUCGAGGGGGAACAGCAUACAGUCUGGUGUGUCCUGAUGAGGUGCCUUACCUGUAUGACCUGCACCUGUUUCUGGGUCGACCCAUGCAGCUCGCACACCCCGAACACACACAAGAAGCGGACGGUGUGUUCGGCCGUGUUCCUCAGAGUGUUCUGGAUGAUGAGGAGUGUCAGCUGAUCACGGCGCAUCAGAACUCUCUGGACCUGCAGAAUCUCAGACGCGUGUCAGAAAACGCUUACAAGCAGUACCUGAAGUCCAGACCCGUCCCGUCUGCAGAGUCCAUCAAGCGCAGCCGCAACACACAGCUCACAGACAUGGCGGUACACCCGCUGCUGGGCUGUGGGCUGGAGAAGAUGGAACUGGAUCGACUGCUGAUGGUCGACACCAUCAAGGGCUACAAGGCCAAAUCUACUAUUUUUGAGAUCAACUCCAGCAAUAAGACGAGCGCUAGCGAGGUGAUGCGCGCCAAACGCUCCCGGGACCGCCAGCGGGUGGAGAAGUUCAGCAGAGCAAGAGCAGAGCUGAGGGCGGAGCCAGGGGCGGGACUUAGGGCGGAGCCACCAGUGCACAGAGAGACACAGGAGGAAGACGAGGAGGAGCAGGAGGAGCUGUCGACGGUGUUCUCUGAGGUGGUUGGAGGUAAGAGACGGAGGCCGGAUGCGGAGCCGCACACACACAAGAGCAAGAAGAGCAGAACAGCGGGCCGAGACCAGGAGUUCUACAUCCCAUACAGACCCAAAGACUUCAACUCAGAGCGCGGGCUCAGUCUGGACUCUGGUGCGGGCUCGUUUGAGCAGCAGGCCUCCUCUGCAGUUCUGGAUCUGAUUGGAGAUGAGAGCAACACAUUAAACCAGCACAAGAGCCUGAUGAAGUGGGACCGCAAGAAGAAGCGCUUCGUCCGUGACACCGGCAAAGAGGACAAACACAAGAAGAUCAGGACGGAGAGCGGACAACUGAUCAGAGGACACAAGAAGAAGAAGAGCUUUUAUGAAGAGUGGAAGAAGAAGUAUAAGGUGGAGGGCGGAGCUUCAGACUCUGAUGGAGAAGGGGGAGGAGCUCAGAGGGGGCGGGGCUCUGCAGGUCGUCGGGGUCGUGGUCGGGGUCGCUCUGCAGCAGGUUCCCAGGCUACGCCAGCGCAGCAUCAGGGCGGUUCAGGCGUUCGCUCGGAGCUGAAGAACCGGCAGCAGAUCCUGAAGCAGCGCAAGAGGAAAGCCAAGCAGCAGUUCCUGCAGAGCGGAGGCAUGAAGAAGCUCAGAAACAAGGGAAAACAGCGCCUCCGAGAGGUCAUGAAGUCCGGCUUCGGCCGCGGAGCAGUCAAGAAGGGCAAGAUGAGGAAGAAACUUUAGGAGAAUAUGCAUCGUGUGUGUGUGUGUGUGUGUGUGUGUGUGUGCGUGUGCGCGUGCGUGCGUAUGUGUGUGUGUGUAUGUUUAUAAGAAUAAUAUGGAGAUCAGUGUGUGUUUGUCAUCUCUGCGUCUGCAUUAAAGGUGU